AUGUCUGUCAAUGUUACACCAUCUCCGACCAUGAAUACGGCGACAACCGUAGAGCGCAUCGCACUGACUACUCCAUUCUCGCCGCCUAAUAGUUGCCAGCCUAGCUGGACAAAAAACGAGCCUGCUCUGGACUCAGGAUGGCACCUUUACUCCAGCUGUUUGUCCUUCUGGCUGGGAUUAUUGGGAAAUGUCUCGUUCUGGAGGCCCUCUAGCAGUCUCGACAGCAUACUGUUGCGAAAGGUUCCACCCCCGGAGCAUCCUACACCUCCGAGAGCAAAAAGACUAAUAGAACCAUUUAGCGGAUUCACCUUCGAUCCCUUUGAUCGAGGUGGUUACGUCGCCAAAGACUUCUUUACUAGCGGUUGUGGACGAUGGGUCCAGGCGACGACAAGCAUGACCCAAGACGAUGACACAACGACUACAGCACUGUCGGGCUUAUCCGGUUACCAAGAUGCUAGCGCGUUGGAUGGAACUUUUAUGGUUCACCAAGCCUGGGCAGUAUCCUGGGUCUCGUCUGAGAGGUCUGAUCUGACGCCGAUGCCACUAACUUUGACUGAUGGUGAGAGGGUAUCGCAUUGGAAACCAGGCGAGACACUCCCCGAUGACAGUCGCCCAACCGAAAGGUUUGACCAGAGCCAGGGUUAUAUCAGCACCUCGGCUGUGUGGUUUCUCAUGAUUGGACUCCCUAUCAUCCUGUUUCUAAUGAUUGUCGGUUGCUGCUGGGUGUGUAUCAGGCGGAAGAUUAGGGAUAGGAGAGUCAGGCGUGCAAUGAGAGACUCAUCUUUGUCUCGAACUGGUGAAGGACGCUCAUCUCUCACACCAGUCUCAUGA